AUGAAACUAACGCAACUCAAGGGGUGGGAGACGGGGAUUAAGAGGGGGAGCGGACACAGGCGCGGCAAGGACACAGAGGAAGGCCUGAGCGAUACAUUUGAAUACUCUCACCUCUCUUGUGUAUAUGAGAAGGGACGUACUGAAGAAGCAGAGUCUCCCUCCCGAAGCAGAAGUGAAUGCCGCCCUCCAGGGUCCCGCCACGCCCCUGUGAUAGGACACCAGGGUUUGUCCGCCGCCCUGCUGGCUUUGGGACCGCCCUUCGUGACCGUCAGAACCUCGCCCGAUGUCUGUAUCGCCGUCAUCGCCACCGUCAGAGCAAUGAUACACCCCUACACCCUGCCGACCCCUGCCAGCCUUAAGGAGCGCCAGAGCCUCACCAGAUACCCCUGCCAAGCUGCUGAAAGCCCCAACAAUCCACUGUACACUCCCAAUACACUGCCUACCCCCAACACCCCAACACCCCAACACACCCCAACACACCCCAACACCCCAACACACCCCAACACACUCAAAACCCCAACCCCACCACACACCCCCAACUCCCCCCACCCCCAACCCCCAAGCUCCCCCCCAGCAAACGUCUAA